UGCUGGAGAAGUUCCUCUCGCGCUUCCUGUCUAUUAAUCCACUUGUUGAUGAAGAAGGGGAGUGUGACAAGACGGUUCAUUUUCAAGUUAAACGGACACGUUUAUGAAACAAUUAAUUCGGUUUAUUAAAGCAGCGGCCGGCCGGGUGUUGAGUGAGCGUCAUGUUGGGUUGGAGGGAAGCCGGCGUCCUCGGGUUUUCCGUCGCUCUGGCUGGAGGACUGGCCUAUGCCGUCUGGAACUACGCGUUCUUCUCCCGGGAGUCCGAUGAAAGUCGCGCAGGGGACGACGGUGCGAGCGGCCGGGGGAAGCUAAGCCCCGACGGAGAGAAACUGAAGAAAACGGAAGACGGGGAAGACGCCGAGCUAACGGUCGCCGUUGCCCGAGUUGAGCCGGUUUGCUCAGCCGAGAGGGCGCCGAAAGUAUCCGAGCAAUCCAUGUUGGUGAAGCCAGAGGGGACCCAAGUGCUGGUUCUGGGCCUGGAUGGAGCCGGUAAGUCCAGUUUGCUGUACUGUUUGGCCAUCGGCAGCCUGGACGUUGACAUGGUGCCGACGCAGGGCUUCAACGCUGUCUCCAUUAACAGAGAAGACCUGCACAUUGAGUUCCUUGAGAUCGGCGGCAAGGCAGAGCUGAGGCCUUACUGGCCGAGGUACAUGUCCAAGGCGCUGCUGUUGGUGUUCGUGGCGGACUCAUCGGCGCCGCAACUCUUCCCCGUCGCCAAGGCCCAACUGCACGAGCUGCUGCACUCCAACCCCCGCCUGCCUCUAAUGGUACUGGCCAACAAGCAGGACCUUCCGGGCGCCUGCAGCAUCACCGACCUGCACGACGCUUUGGAACUUUCCAAGGUCGGAGACCGCAAGUUGUUCCUCAUCGGCACGUGCGUCAAGAAGGGCGAACCCGAAGUUAGCUCAGGCGUGCGAGACGCCCGAGAGCUCAUCAUCCAGUUGACCAGCGGCAAGUAAACGUCGCCAGAUCCCAAAUUGUUUUAUUUUUUUAUUUUUUGUAAUUUUUUUUUCUUUCCCCGCCCCUCUCUCUCGCCUUCACGCCCGCCGGCGAUUGUUAAUGUUCUCGUGUUCCUAUAGCACCUUGUUCACUGGGGUUCACUAAACCAGUCCGACUGAAACAAAGUUGAAAAAUAACCCAAAGAGGUUUUCACUGUUUCUGUAGGAGAUCAAGAAUAAUGUUCAGUCCAAUUCAGUGAAAUUGGAUUAUUUCCGACAGUGAUUGGGAAUCACUGAGGAGUUCAGGCGAUCGUGUUAACUUUAUUGUUAAGCAAAUGUCAAUGCAUGGGAACAAAAGGACAAACUAUGAGGGAAAAAAAUGAAUCUAAUGGGACAAAAACUGCAUUACUAACAAAGGAGUAUUAGUGCCACACUGGAAAGAUUUUUUUUGAACAAUUAUACCAUGGGAAUCCAUUUGAAAUAAGUCGGUAUUCUCAAAACAACAAAUAAAAUAAAAGUGCUUAUCUUACAAGAAUAAACUACAACUUGGACUAUUCUUGUAUCAUAAUGAUCUUUUCCAUGUAAUAUUCAGACUUUUUUCCACCCUUUCAUAAUAUUACAAAGUCGUUCUGUAAACACCUUCACUUUUUUUCGGGAGAAAUAAGAUUUUUUUUUCUUCCUCAUUGCGACUUUAUUCUCGUCAAAUUGGUGCUUUUGUUUUCAGUGUGGUCCUGGUAAUCGAGUCCCAUUACAAUUUGGACCAUGACACCUUUGAACCACUAGACGUCGCCAAAGUUCAAUGAAAGACUUGCAGGAAACAAACCAAAAAGUAUUGAAAGUAUUUUUUUGUUCUGAAAUGAGAGAGACUAUACUGCGUGUCAAUUGUUAUUUGAUCAUUUAUUGACAUUAAGUCACGCAAAUAAAUGUCAAUAUUGUUUACUUUAAAUAUCUUAAGGCCGCAGUAGCCUUCCUAGGUUUUGUUUUGGUUGUUCAAUAAUGUGAUUUAUUUUUCAACUUGCAAGUGUUGUCUAUACUUUCUAAAAGAGUAUUAAGGCCACAACUUAAAAACGUACACUGCAAUAAUAUAUUUGUAAUAUUAAAAGAACAAUUGUAUUUUUGAGUUAAAAUGUAAUUUUACGAGAAUAAAGUUAUGUAAAUUCUACACUAAAGUAAUAGAUUAUCAAGAAGAAAAUAGGUUUUUGAGAUAUGUUUAUAUUUUUUUAGAUUAAGCUACAAAAUCUACAUUGAUAAAGUUGUAAUUUUACAAGAAUAAAUUGGUGUAUUCUAAAUUAAAGUAAUAUAUUUUUGACAUAUUUUUAAAGAUUAAAGUUGUAAAUUUUAGUGAUUAAAGUUGUAAUUUUACAAGAAUAAAUUUGUGUAUGUUCGAUAUUAAAGUAAUACAUUUUCAAGAUAAAAAAUGAUGAAUAUUCAAGAUAAAAAAACUCAUUUUUGAUACCAAACUAUUUUUUUUUAAAGGUAAAACAACUUUAUUCUUGGAAAAUUCUCACUUUAAUUUUGUAGUGUAAUUAUUUUUUUUCUGUGUGGCCCUAAUACUCCUUUGUCGCACUUUGAAACGGGAUUAAAACGAAUGUCAAAUGUUUAAGGUCUUUUCUAAAAAAUAAAAAAUAAAAAAGCAAGAAAAAAAGAUAAACGACGAUGGUUAAAACUGUUUGACCACUCAAAAUUAAAAACCGUUGGGUAAUUCAUUAGCUGGUCUUGUAGUGAGUUUAUUUAUUUCUUGAAUGUAUUGACGUCUUUCUGAAGAAGUCAGGUGAGGUAUGAAGAGCAUGACUCAGGUUUCAAGUGCGUGGUUGCUCGGGUCGCACGUCUCCACGGCAACAAAGAGAGCUCAGAGUGCCACCUCCCCGUCAUCUUACAGUUGAAACAAAGUGAAAACUUGAAUACGUCACGGGCUUAUCUUUAAAUAUUGUCACUGUCCUACAAUUUAUUGCAGGGAUCAAACUUGUUCGAUAUUCAUACUUGGCAAGUGGACGCCGCUCUAAUAGACGCCAUGCCCCAAUUAAUCCCUAGGCGUGUCAUCUACGUCAAAAAAUAAAAAUAAAUCUUGUGUUUCAUAUACUAACAGUUGGUCUCCCCUCUAAAUAGACUCCUAGCCCUCUUUGCAGUUGACUAUAGACUUCAUAACGUUAAAUGACAUGUUCAGCUCCUUAGCGGUUCCUUCUGUUAGCGUCCUUUUCAGCUUGAUCAAUGACUCUUAAAGACAUUAAGGGAAAGGGCUGAGUUUGUCUUUAUCGUGCACAGCCAAAGCUUUCAAUUGACAUUUUAGCGAAGAUUAAUAAGUGCAGCGUGCGCGCGGUGGGAUGCCAGUGGACCGAUGCCAGACUGGCGGCAGAAGACCUCAUCAAAGUCUGUGACAUUCACUAUGCAACCACAACAAUAAACAGUGUUGAGUUGAAUAAUGAAGUAACAUCUGUAGGUUUUUGCAACAGAUUUUCAAAUUUUGAAAAAGUCAACUAAGACCCACAACAGAACAGGAUUUAAAAAAUGUGUAUUAUACAAAAAAAAAAAGAUUAGAAAAGUGUAUUUAUUUGUUUUGAUUGAUUUUUAUUUAUGCGAAGCACUUUGUUUCAACUGUGUUUUUUUUAAGGUACACCAAAUAAAGUUGUUGAAUAAUAACUACAAUUUUUUUUUAAGUCCAGAACAAGAAGUUUGAUGCUAAUGUAUUGAUUUUUCUUUGAUUUUUCCACUGGAUUUGUAAACUUUAAAACAGUCAAUUUGAGCCACCAUUGUGGACCAAAUGAAGGUUCCCUCCCACCUGCACAAUAAUAUCCCUUAAACAUAUUUAUAUCAAUAUUCUACUGUACACACACAAACAUGUAUAUGUGAACUUUGAGUAAACUCCAUGUCUGUGCCAU